CUGCCCAGCUCGGGGACCUGUGGAGUGUGUUCAUGGACUUCAACCACAACGUCUGGAGCCGUGGGAGAGGAUCAUCCCCUCCUUUAGUGUCCAGGAGAAGGAGGCUAUGUCCCGUCUAUAUCAACUUCUCAGCCCAGACCACCUCGGCCAGAACACAGGAGAUGAUCGAGUCCAAACUGGAGAAGAAGAGGAAGAACAUUCUGGGUGCUCCUGGUAACAGAAAGAUAGUGAUCUUUGUGGAUGAUCUGAACAUGCCUAAAUUGGACACCUACGGCUCCCAGCCUCCAAUAGAACUGCUCAGACAGUUCCAGGACUUCCACGGCUUCUACGACCGAGAGAAGUUCUUCUGGAAGGAGAUCCAGGACAUGACGAUCGCGGCGGCCUGCGCUCCGCCUGGAGGGGGCCGUAACCCGGUGACCCCUCGUUUCAUCCGCCACUUCAGCAUGCUGUGUCUGCCCACUCCCUCCGAACACAGCCUCAAACAGAUCUUCAAUGCCAUCCUCAGUGGUUUCCUCAGUGAGUUCCCCCAGGCGGUGAGGUCUUCAGCAGGCAGCAUCGUAGACGCAGCAGUAGAGAUCUACCACCGCAUGUCUGUGGACCUCCUGCCUACACCAGCCAAGUCCCACUACGUCUUCAACCUCAGGGACCUCUCCAAGUGUGUCCAGGGUAUGUUGCAGUGUGAGCCAGGCACGGUGAGGGAUCAGACUGGGAUAUUCCGUCUGUUCUGUCACGAGUGUCAGAGAGUGUUCCACGACCGCCUCAUCAACAACGAAGACAAAACCUACUUCAACACCAUCGUCUCUGAGAUGGCCAGCAAAUAUUUUGGCUUCAAUUUAGAACCCAAUUACUUUGUGACCAAACCCAUCAUAUUUGGAGAUUUCAUCAAGGUGGGUGCAGAGAAGGCAGAUCGUCUGUAUGAGGACCUAACAGAGCCAGAUAAGAUCAGGGCUGUGCUCCAGGACUACCUGGAUGACUACAAUAUGACCUUCUCCAAGGAGACCAAGCUGGUGUUCUUCCAGGACGCUGUAGAACACGUCUCCAGGAUAGCGCGUAUGAUCCGCCAGGAGCGCGGUAACGCCCUAUUGGUGGGCGUGGGGGGCACGGGGAACAGUCACUGA